CGUCGAGGAUGGACAAGGCGAAGUCUGUGUACGACGCGAACGAGGAGGCGCACGCCAAAGUCGUCUCAGACGAGACCUCGGGUGACGCAGGGCUGUCGGCUGGCCCCCGUCGCGGUGGCUGGAGCGACGCGUCCGUGCGCAGAGAGGUGGCGCUGGGCGUGAACGAGGUGAUCCGCGGGCUGGAGCGUGACGAGCUGAGCCUGGUGCUCGUGUGCGGCACCGCGCGUCCUCCGCUGCUGCCGCGACUCCUGGCCUCGCUGUGCGCAAGUCGCGCGGUGUCUGCAGCGCAGCUGGGAGCGCUGAGCGCCGCCGUGGCGCCUCUGCUGGGGCUGCGCUCCGUGCUGGCGCUCGGGGUGCGGAGGGACGCACCGAGGCUCGCAAAGGCCGCCGAGAUAAUCGGUCGGAGGCUGCCGCCGCUCCGUGCGCCUUGGCUGCUGAGCGGCGAGGCGCCCGGCGCUGGGACGGGCGUGGAUGUCGCGGUCGGUGCGUGCCGCUUGAUGCCGUCGAACGUGAAGAAGAUCGUGUCGAACCCCGCUCGCAGGAAGCGCAAGAGGAGUUGAGGUCCCGAGUUUGGGAUUUCCCACCCCGCGCACCGCUGUGGUUGUGUGAAGCGAACCCGGCGGGAUGGCUUCACUCGAGGCGGACAGCGGGGUUCAUCCCGUGCCGCCAAAGUGGGGGAUUACUUAGUUGGAGAAGCGCCUUGUUAUACAACAUCGAAUUGAAUUAAGUUCAAGUGCGCGCAAAUAAAUAUUAUAAUUGCAACGUACAACGCGUCUGCCAAAGUACUGUUUACACGAUAGAACGUGGACUGGUUUUGCGCAAGUUUUUUUUUUACCAACAAGAAACCACUGCCACCUAAACUGCGUUCUAAUUUAAAGUUUAGAGAAAUGGUUUGAGCGUAAGUUUUUAUUUAGUUGAAUGGUUUUCACUAACCAGUUUUAACAUCAUCCGUGUGAUUUUCAAAUCGGAGACGCGUUCCUUAGUAAAGUCAGCUUUGAGACUGUCGAUCCACAACUUAUUUUGAUAUGCUUGGAAAAUACCCUUGUAUUUAAUCUGUGUUGACAAUGGUUGUAAGCUGUACAUUUGCAUAUGUUGCCGUGAAAGUGCUAAUGUAAUAAAUUGCUGUCUAAAUGCA